AUGGUGCCGGACUUUGCCAAGACGGCCCAAGGGUGGUCCUACGGCGCCACGUCCUCGCUGGCCCACGAGCACUGGGAGCGCCCCACCGCCUGCGCGACGCUCAGGGACGUAUGCCGCCAUCCGACCAGAGUCUACCGGCGGCGGCAGAACAUUCAUCGAUGGAGCAGUUCGAUCGGAGCGAGGGUCUCCGCUGGCGACAUGGUGCCACCUGUGCUUGUCGGCGACGAGAUCAUUUACGAUGUGAUCAGGAGUUCCCCUGGCUGGACUCUUCUCGUGUUCGAGGGCGACGCGAGCGCGAACAGGGAAGCCUCGGCGAACGGCCUUCCGAUUCUGAGCCACGACCAGCUGCACGCCUUUGGGCGUGAGUUGCGACAGGAUCCCGCCGAAGGCAGCGCUGGCUUCAUCGACAAGAUGGUGGUUUUCGCGUCGAGCGACUGGGACGCGCACUCGGCUUUCGGCGUCCAGGGCCAAUGCGCGUUCGUGAUCCGUCCCGACGCCUACGUUGGCCUGCGGAGUGAGCCUGUCCGGAAGGGCGCCGUCACGAGGUACUUCCGGAGCAUCGGCGGUCUUGGCGUGCCCGCGCACCACUGCCCGCCCGGCACUUCGACGUUCGACCCCCUCCCGGCGACGAUGCUCGCCGUGCUCGUGUCUGUCAUUGCAGCCGUCGUCUGCAGCCAGACCUAUCGGUAG